UUUCACACGGGACCCACGCUUUAGGCAGGUAAAGGGCCAAGCGCAGUGCCAACACGGAAAACCUCCAAAUGCUACCUUGCCUAGGCCCGUGCAACGCUAUUAUAACCAAUCCGCGACGCCGCAUAUUGCGUGCUCGAAGGCACCAUGGCGAUAGAGAUCCUCAAGCUUCGCGCGUCAGCGAGGAAGCUUCCUGGCUUCUCUUUGCUGUCGCAGCCCUUCUCUCCUCCAUAGCACCUGCGGCAUCUAUCGAACAUGGCAGACACCGAGAAGGGACCGUACUACGAAGGCGCGCAUCCAGCGCCCGAGUAUGAUGGCUACCACCACGAGCAUGAGCACAUCGUUGCUGAAGAUAAGCUGCGCCGCGCGCUUUCGCCCCGACAAGUCCAAAUGAUUGCAAUCGGAGGCACAAUUGGGACAGGCUUGUUUUUGGGAACUGGAAAAUCUCUUGCGACUGGUGGACCCGCCGCGCUGGUGUUGUGCUAUGCAAUUGUCGGCGGAAUUGUCUUUGUGACGAUGAUGUGCCUGGGAGAGAUGGCAGCCUUCGUCCCUGUUGCCGGUAGCUUCUGUACCUUUGCUGGUCGCUACGUCGACGACGCUUUCGGUUUCGCUCUAACCUGGAACUACUGGUUCAACGACGUGGUAUCAACAGCCGCAGAUCUCGUCGCGCUUCAGCUCUUGAUGAACUACUGGACGGAGACUUUCCCCUGGUACGCGUUGGGACUCAUCGUUUGGGUUAUCAUUGUCGCAGCCAACAUCAUUAACGUGCGCGCCUACGGCGAGGUCGAGUACUGGCUUUGCCUGCUGAAAGUUAUCACCAUCAUCAUCUUCAUCAUUCUCAGCAUAGCCGUCAAUGCAGGUGGCAAUACCGCACAUGAGUACAUCGGGGCACGGAACUGGAAGAUUGGCGAUGCACCUUUCGUGGGUGGUAUUGGAGGGUUUGCGUCUGUUUUCGUGACCGCAUCCUUUGCCUACGGAGGCACCGAAUCAAUCGCCAUCACCGCAGGUGAAACUCGCGAUCCCGCACGACAACUGCCACGCGUAGUGAAGAACGUCUUCUGGCGCAUCCUGCUCUUCUACAUCCUCUCGACUAUCAUGAUCGGCUUCAAUGUCGCAUACAAUACGCCGGGUCUCAAGACAAAAAGCUCCGCUACAUCCCCGUUCACUAUCGCAUUCCAGAUGGCCGGAUCUAAAGUCGCCGGAUCCUUCGUAAACGCUGUUAUCUUGACCUCUGUUGUGUCAGCUGGCAACCAUGCUUUGUUUGCCGGGAGCAGACUUCUCUUUAGCUUGGGCGUUAAUGGUCACGCGCCGAAAGUAUUCACAAAACUAACACGCUUUCAAGUUCCUUGGGUCGCCGUGCUCACCACGAGUAUCCUGUCCGGUCUCCUGUUCGGUGCAAGCUUCAUUGGGGCCGGUCAACUCUGGACGUGGCUACAAAACAUUGUCGGCGUCUCCAAUCAGCUCUCCUGGAUCAGCAUUGGCAUCGCCUCUCUCCGCUUCCGCGCUGGUCUGAAGGCUCAAAACAAGGAGCACUUGCUGCCCUUCAAGAACUGGACAUACCCAUGGGGUCCCAUCAUUGCCGUUGUCCUCAACAGCUUUCUUGUGCUUGUGCAGGGAUGGAGUUGCUUCAGUCCGGUAUUCAGCCCAGUGGACUUUGUCAGCUACUACAUCGAAUUGCCUGUGUUCGCGCUCAUGUUUGUCUUAUGGAAGGUUUUCAAGCGGACUAAGUUUGUCAAGUCACAUGAGAUGGAUCUAGUUACCGAUGUGUACACGAAGGAGGACAUCGAGCCGGAAAAGAAGGGUGUGUUGAGCUGGGGGAAGAGAGUUGGCACUUGGUUCUGCUUCUAGACAGGCCGACUGGCUCCACAUACAUCAGAUAAUCUAGCCAUGUGUC